AAGCUCAGGUAGACGGGACGUACCGCGGAAAGUCUUCCCUCCACACCCGCAGUCACCUCACAUUGUCCAUCAUGGCGGCGAACGGCACGGCAGACAUCUUGAGCUCUGCUUACCUGGCGGUGGAGUACGUAGAUGCAGUGCUGCCAGAAAACCCCUUCCAGCCCUCCCUGAAGCACGCUUGGGGCUACAUGCUGGACAACUACACCAAGUUCCAGAUUGCCACCUGGGGGUCGCUCAUCGUCCAUGAGUUCAUCUACUUCCUGUUCUGCCUGCCUGGUUUCCUCUUCCAGUUCAUGCCCUUCAUGCAGAAAUACAAGAUCCAGCAGGACAAACCAGAGACCUGGGAGAAACAGUGGAGAUGUUUCAAGAUGCUCCUGUUCAACCAUUUCUGCAUCCAGCUGCCUUUGAUCUGUGGGACUUACUACUUCACUGAGUUCUUCAAUAUCCCGUAUGACUGGGACUCCAUGCCUCGCUGGCCCUAUGUUCUGGCUCAGUGCUUUGGCUGUGCUGUCGUUGAAGACACCUGGCACUACUUCCUGCAUCGCCUGCUGCACCAUCGCAGGAUCUACAAAUACAUCCACAAAGUCCACCAUGAGUUCACAUCUCCAUUCGGCAUGCAGGCAGAAUACGCUCAUCCCGCCGAGACGCUCAUCCUGGGUGCUGGUUUCUUCAUCGGCAUCAUGAUCUUCUGUAACCACGUGUUCUUCCUGUGGGCCUGGGUGUCCUUCCGCCUGCUGGAGACCAUUGAUGUCCACAGUGGUUACGACAUCCCUCUGAACCCGCUCCACCUGAUCCCGUUCUACGCCGGCACUCGUUUCCACGACUUCCACCACAUGAACUUCGUUGGGAACUACGCCUCCACCUUCACCUGGUGGGACAAGCUGCUGAAGACGGACAGCCAGUACAACAAGUACAUGCUGAAAGAGGGAGACAAGAAGGAGCAGUAAACCACUCGUGCCUCUGCUCUCUGUUGGAGGAGAGAAGAGGCAGUGAGUUAUAGAGACACAUGGCAAACAGUGCUGCUUCUGAAUCUGAAUCACACGCUACAGGUGUACCUUAAAUGAAUCAGGACGACUGCUUUGAUUCUGAACGGGACUGCAAGUUGACUUCAGUCCGCCUUCUGUGCCUUCCUGCAAAAGAAGUGUUGUUGUCUGCUUCUGUCAACAGCUUCUGGCUGAAUAAAAACCGUCAACAUCCUCAUUUUGAUUUGUUGCUUUGCUCAUUGAAUGAAAAAAGUCGUACCACAGGAGUCUGUUGUGAAAUGCUUCCAUAUACCUCUGUACGUCUGAGCACUUUAGCGCUUCCUCUUGAGUUGAACUGAGUCACUGGGUGACUGUGUGUUAUAGCUGCAGUUCAGUGGGAACUCUCGAAAUGUUUGGCACAAGCCGUGUCAGAUUUUGUAAGAAGAAAUUAAUUUUGAUUUUACAAAAAGAAACCUUGGACAUGUUUUGUUUUUUCUGU